AAAAAUGAGAACUCUUUUCGGUGUCUUCGAGGAACAUCUCGAAAAAUCAUUCGAUCUCACGUAUUCAUCCUGGAACGGAUGAGGUACCAGCGGGAGACCGGUCGCUUUUGCGACGUCUGUAUCGUUGUCAAAGAUCGCCAGUUUUCUGCCCAUCGUAACAUUCUCGCUUCGUGUAGUCCUUAUUUUGAUUCAAUUCUUAGAUCCACAAAGGUCACGAAGGAACAGGUUAUUGUGAAUUGUCAGCAACCAAAGGCGUUCGAGUUGUUAUUAAACUAUAUGUAUAGUGGGUGCGUUGUGAUUGAUCGAACUACUGUGGCUGAACUUCUCCGUUUAGCGAACAAUUUUUUGGUUACGAAACUCAAGAAUUACUGCGCAGAGUAUCUAGACAGGUAUUUGGAUGCUGCUAAUUCGUUAUCGGUACGGCAGCUCGCAACUAGAUAUAAUUUACCGGCACUGCUAAAAGCGGCAUCUGAAUACUUUGAUGUCAACAUCAAUCGAUGCCUACUCGAAUCCCUUGAUAUUCUCAAGUACCCAAUGCCGCAGCUUUUGAAAAUAUUGGAGGAUCCCAAAUAUCAGGACGUCAUUAGCCCGGAUGUAUAUUUGAAGCUUAUCGUGCGUUGGGUUGGCGAGGACGUACCUAGCAGAGAAUCUUCUUUUCGGUCGUUGCUGGAGCGAUGUCACAUACCUGAUGUAUCUGAUAACGCACUUGAAUUUGUAUUGGACUAUUCUCCGCUUCUCACGAAAAGUCAGACUUGCAGACAUAUGUUGCUGAGCGAGCUCUACCGCUAUCAGAUAUCAAUAGGAAAAGAUUCGGUAAAUCUAAACAUCAACGCAAAUCUCUCAGUAAUGGCAAAUCCGGGAUUAAGAAAAGAGGACGACCUAAAAGAACUGACGAGACUGAGAGUAAUUUUGCCAAUGAUGGAUGAUGACGACCUCGAUGGUGUGUACGCGACAUCAUCUCUUGCUGGAGCUGUCACCUAUACGGAAGAGGAUGCUUUCGAUCCUGAGGAAGUAGAAGAUGGGGAGGAUUUGCAUGUCGAUGGAGGUCCACACACUUGCAAGUUCUGCAAGUUCGCAAGUACUUCGGAAGUCGAAAAACAUCGCGCUCGACAGCACAAUCGUAAUACUGCCUACUUAUGCCAGCUAUGUGAUUAUGAGGCCACAUGGAGCAAAUCAUUCUACAAUCAUUGCAGGGAGCACUGGUUAGAGCUCCCAAUGCUCAUUGAAGUAGAUUCUUCGUUUUUUACUUUUCAAUCUGUCGAUUUAGCAACGGACCGCUUCUUCAAAUGUCUUGAAUGCAACUUUCGCGCUCGCACUCGAACCCAACUUUGGGCCCAUGAGCGGAUGCAUAGCAGCUUGGAUGAGCGGCCUCUUCACUGUGAAGAAUGCGGUAGAGGUUUCAACACACAUACCGCCCUGGAGAUGCACUUUUCGUCUCAUGAUGAACCUCGAUCCAUGGUUUGUGAAGAUUGUGGGUUUGCUACUUCAAAUGCAGAUCAUAUGACAUCUCACCGUAGACAGCAUACCGGAGAUAUGUUCUAUUGUCAUAUUGAUAACUGCGACUAUUCCUCGCCGAAGAAAAGUCAGUUGGCUGCUCAUUUGAGAACGCACAUGGCUGUGCGUGCGCAUAUGUGUAAGAUUUGUGGCCGUGGCUUCAUAGAAAAAUCUCACUUGGUCCGUCAUGAACGGAUACAUCUUGAAGACAAACCGUUCAAAUGUGAUGCUUGUGAUUAUGCAUCCAGUCGUCGCGACAAAUUGAAGGAACACAUUCUCAAGCAUCACAAUGGAACCAUGGUUAAUAAGUCUCAGAGGCGUCGCUAUCGAAGAGCUAAACAACUGGCUGCGCUUACCGCUCAGGUGACUCGAAAUUUUGUAUUAGAUUUGAUCGAGUGGUUGUUAUGUUUGUUCGAUAGUUUUUUGAAGUUCUCUUCAGAGCAAAAAACCUUACGUCACACGGGACGAGACACAUUGUUGUGUUCAUUGGGUAGUCAUCGGUCACCAUUGAGGCAAUUGCAAUUUAGACAUAAAUAUCUAGAAGCACAAAAAAGAUGUAGUCCCCCAACGUUGGCGUACAUAUCGCACUUGUCUCCUGACACUUUCGAAUCAUUGGAUUGGAUGGGAAUUAAAAGAUUACAUGUUAACUUGAGCUAG